AUGAACAAGUUAAUUCUCACCGAAGAGGAGUGUAAACAAUUAGAAGAAUGGACAGACUUACGAGUUGGAAAUUGUGUCUUUGACUCUUUGAUAGACAAUUGGGAUCAAAGCAAUGCUACCUUUAGAAAUGCAGUUUUAGGAAAAAACAAUUUGGUCUUUAUCGUAAAGACUGACAAAAAUUUAGUAUUUGGUGGCUUUGUAAGUGCGACCAUUGAAAGUGUUAACACGUGGAAUCAAGAUAUGAAUGCAUUUGUUUUUACUAUGAACAACUUGAAUACUCUUCCUUCAAAAAUGAUGUUCAAAAUCAACAACUGUGACAUUCAGAAUGCAUUUUUAUGUGAGCAAGAAAGCAGUGGAACGUUGUUUAGAUUUGGCAAUGGAGACAUUAUGGUCUAUAACAGGAACAUCAAAGCAUCCAAUUAUUGUGUUCCUUCGUCUUAUUCAUAUGGAGCAUACUCAAAUGCCUUAUUGGGUUCGAACACAUCGAGUUUCAAAGUAGAUUCCAUCGCUGUCUUUGAAAUGGUCUGA